UUUAAACUUAUAUUAUAUAUCUUAUUUUAUAUUAUCUCAUAUAAGAUUAUUCUAGAUACGUUAAACGUGUUAAAAUGCUUAACGUCAUUUUAUAUUUCGUAUCCAUGCAUUCGACAUAUAUGCAUCUCUACGAAAGCCAUCGUAAAAUUCUCUAAGAGGGACAAAAGAUUGUUGAGGAAAGAUGGUGAUCAGAAGCUAUACCGAUAAAUCUACUGUUAAUUCCCUUUAACUCGAUUUCUAACUUUGCUCCCUUGAUCUACAAUAAUUCGUUCAUCAUCAUCGUUCCAUUUGAAACGAAUCAAUCGUCACCGCUUAGCCAAUAACUCAAAACGAUAAAUAGAUUAAUCACAAGUGACACAAUGGAACAUUAAACAGCGACACGUAACUAACCAGAAGAAACAGAAUUCAUAAACAAACGAGAUUAUUCGAAAGCAGUUUCAACUUGAAAGGAAGAAACAUUACCAGUUGUCGGAUUGAAGAAUCGAGAAAUCGAGCGUGAAGUUAAGAUCAGGGAUUAACAUCAUCCUUUCAAGAAGAUCGGUUCUUGUUCAAGUAUCAUAUGAUGAUCGUGCAACGACCUUAAAGAUCUUGUAUACGCGCCAACGGAAUCAACCGGCAAGGCUUCAAUUUAUCUUAAAACGUUCACGUACUCUCUUAAUUUUAUUGCGUUCGAAAUCGAAACAAUCCUGAAGAUCGUUGACGAGGAACCAUGAAAGUCGAAAAAAUUUUCGUUAUUUUCUUGGCAUUUGGAUUAUCUCUGAUAUUGGUCGCCAACGUAGAGGCAGAAUGGAAAUUCUGGAACAAAGAUAAGGGCAAAAAAGAAAUAACAAUGGCAACAAUUUUUGUACCAAGUAUUCUGAAAGAAACUGAUCCUACAGUAAUAACUGGAAUCAAUUUGACUAUGAUAAAUAAUAUCCAUUCAAAUAAAUCAAAUACAGGAGCGGAAAUAAGUUUUGAUAUUUCAAAAUUGGAAAAAAUAAGUGAUAAUACUCCUGAAGGAUGUAAAACAUGGUUUGCCACUUUAGGAAUUUCUGCAGAAGAAUUUCUCGAAUAUAUCAAAUCCUUAAAAUUUUCUGUCCAAAAAUCACUGACUAACAGAGGUUGAUU